GAGGACAAAAUUGUUAAAGAUGAAGAGGCGAUGGCUUGGAAGUUUCUUUCCCUUGCUGAGGUGUCCAUUCUGUUGGAACAAGAUAUAGCAGGAGUUCAAAAACGUUUGGAAGAGUUUCUGAAUUUGAAACAACGUUUGACAUCUUUGAAAGAAGCUGUGUUACUGGAUUAUUACGUCUCAGGAUUUUGGUGGGCAAAAGCAUUAGAAUUCACGCCUGUGCAAGUUGGAGGAAUUCUUACUCUGUUAAAUUUGCUGAUGGAAAACCUUGACACCCAACAUAUGACACUGGAAGAGAACAUCCAAGAACUUGGAAGUGCAAUGGCUGGAAUUGGGCAGUGUCAUUCAGAGAAAAGUGGUGGGUUUGAGUUCUUCACUGUAGACCAAGCCAAGGCUAUAAUCAAUUAUUUGAAGAUCAGCUUAUUCCAACAUUAUACACUAUAUGAGUAUCUUUUCCACAGUCCCAGGGAAGAACUUGUGAUUGGAGAUGAGAAUGUUGUAGAACUAGUCAAGCCUGCAGACCUCCCGUUCCCUGCUCCCUUGGAAGAAGGGCUGCCUUCUGAUAUUUAUUCCAAUUUUAUAGCAAUUGUUCCAGGGAAAGAGGAUGUAACCACGGAAAUGGAUGGAGGGCUUCUUUCAGACGAGCAGGCUGAAGCCGAAAGCUUCAUAGAUCCUUUGACAGGUUACACCAUAGAGGAUGUUCAGUCAGUCCUGGGCCAAAUCACCAACGACGUUAUCAGCAACAUUCAGUCCGAGAUAAAUGAAAAGCUACAAAUGCAGGAAGAGGUUUAUUCUGCAAGAAUUGACAAACUGAAGAAGGCCUGAAAAAAAGAAAAACCUGUGCAACUAGAGUGAUGCAGUGUCUUACACAGAUCGUCUAGAUG